AUGCGGUCGAUUCACGUCGACCGUUCUUAUACGACCUCCAUAAAAAGUCUCUUGCACUCGUUCCAUUCCAGACGUCCAGCCUACUAUUGGUUGUGCAAUGCUCUGGACGUCUACUGCCCGGUACAGUGGGAAUACGGUCGCUUGAAUCUGAACUACAAUGUGGUCUCUAAGCGCAAAAUCCUCAAGCUCAUUCAAGCUGGAAUUGUGUCCGGAUGGGAUGAUCCACGACUUAUCACCCUCACCGCGCUUCGCCGUCGGGGUUUUCCUCCUGAAGCAGUGAACACAUUUUGUGAACGCGUCGGAGUAACUAUGUCUCAGACAUCUCUAGACCCCUCCGCUUUAGAAGCUUGCGUCCGGGACUAUUUGAAUGACCAUGCUCCUCGUGUACUUGCCGUCUUAGAACCACUGAAAGUGACCAUUACCAACUGGAGUGAUUUGUAUCCGGGUCUACAAACGAAAGAGUUGGACGUCCCGGACUUUCCAGCCGACCCCAACAGCAAGACUCGUAAGGUUUUCAUCUCCCCGGAGUUGUAUCUCGACAGCACCGAUUUCCAGGAAGUGUGCGACAAGGGAUAUCGUCGCUUAACACCUAAUCAACCGGUUGGACUUCGCUACGCCGGCCUUGUUCUAGAAUUGGAGCAAGUAGUCAAGGACGAUUAUGGAAAAGUGACCGAACUGAAGGUGACUGGUCAAUCAGUGCAAAAUGCCCCCAAGCCUAAAGCAUUCAUCCAGUGGGUUUGCAGUCCGAUCCCAUGUGAAGUCCGCCUCUACGAUCGCUUAUUCACCGCGAAAGAUCCAGACAACGCCAAAGAUGGUUUCUUGUCCGUCGUGAACCCAGAUUCCUUAUGUGUCAUACCCAAUGCAAUGGUUGAACCAUCCCUCAAAGGCGCCCCAGUCUACAGCAGAUACCAGUUCGAACGUAUUGGGUUCUUUGCGGUGGAUCAGGAUAGUACUUCAGAAAAGGUGGGUCUCGUCUACCUAUCUGUUAUCCCCCACUUUGCUUGCUGA